CCGAUGUGAAGAACGAAAGCAUGCACGCCGAUGUGGCCAAGUUUAUUAAAUUAGUUAAAAUGUAACGUUAUCUUGUUGUGUUUGUGUUAACGUUUGAAUAUGUCUUUAAGGAAGGUGCAUGCUUCAAAUCAAAAAUUGAACCAUUUGAUCUACCAGUAUUUAAAAGAGAAUGGCUUCCAGAAAGCUGCAGAAGAACUCAAGAAGCAUGUGAAGAAGGGUGGAGAACCAGAAGCCUUGUCAACAUCACUACUGGAGAUCUACAAUAAAUGGUUCGGAGAUACUUCCAAGACCACAGAAAAGGGAACAGAACCGGAUUCUUCCAAGUUAAAAAAGAACUGUCAAGCAGACCCUGAAAGCAGCACAGAGAGCUCAAGUUCAGCAGAGGAAGAAACAAAACCUGUGAAAGGUACAGCCUUUAUCUCCAAUCAUCUAACAGCUCCUGUUAAAGGUUCCCAGACCCCAAAGCAUCAGAGCCCAGCUACUGCCAGACCAGCUAAGGGCAGGGCUGCAGUGCAGAGCACCUCUGGAGGAAAGGCCACAGUGGGGGAGAGCUCUGGGUCUGACAGCUCAGAGGUCUCUGAAGACUCAGAGAGUAAGGAGACACCACCACAGAAAAUCCCUGUGACACCCAAAGCCAAUCAUGUUCCAGCUGCAAAGGUCAAGGCCAGGUCAGCGGUCACACCAUUGACCCUGAACAAGAAACCAGCAGAGAGCUCAGACAGUGACGGCAGCUCAGGGAGUGAAGAUGAGAGCCAGAGUCUGCUUCCACAGACAACAGCUGCCACAACUACAGCUACACCAGUGAAGCAACCAAAACCAAGUUCAACAGCCAAGACAAAAGCCACUCCUGCUACCCCAGCUAAACCAGUGGUUGCUGCUACGCCAAGCAAGGCACCAUCUACUGCCCCAGCCACACCAAAAGGAAAGAAGGUGACCACAAAAGACAAGAAAGCAACAGCAACAAAGAAAGCACAGGCCUCAGCUUCAUCAGCCAAGAGGAAGAGAUGUGAAGAGAAACCAGGGGACAUGCCUGCUAAUGACAAGAGGAAGAAGCCCUCCCCUCCACAGGCGGAGACUGUCAUGGUCGCCAUGCCUCAGACCCCUCCUGUUCCUCCUCCUACUGGGGGAGACGAGUCUGACUCAGACUCUGACACCGAACUGGAUGUGGAGAAGUGGAAGAAACUGGCACGGGAACUGUCAGACGCUGAUAUUGCCAAAAUAGACACCAUCACUGCACUGAAUGCUCCACCUGCUCCCACCUCACCUGCCUCAGCAGCAAAGAAAACAAGAGCACCGAGGAAGCCCAGGUCUAAAUCUGCACUGGAAACACCCCCCAAUCCCAGGGCAAAAACUGCAACGAAAACACCAAAACCCAAGGCUGACGCUGCAGUGAAAAAGGCUGGUCAUGCUAAAAAGUUCAAAGCUACAACUGAAAAAAAAGCCAUGGCUGAGGAGAAUGGGAAGACAAAGACACCAGCAAAAGACAGUAAAGCCAAGUCUAGUCAAGUGAAGAAGGCAGCACCUCCCUCCCCAUCCCCUGAAGGCCAAGCAGAGGAGAUCAACAGUAAUACAUCUGACCUAAUAUCUGUAGCAGACAAACAGCCACCCUCCAUGCUCUCUACCACAACACUUAAUGGAAAACAGACAGCCAAGAAAGGAAAGAGGAAAAAUGGGAACAUUAGUAAGGCUAAAGCAGAUAAGAAUCUACCAGAACCCAAGAAGAAGAAAAAGAAAAAGGAGAUUGUAGAGGAGAAGACGGAACCAGAGAAGAAGAAAAAGGAGAUUGUAGAGGAGAAGACGGAACCAGAGAAGAAGAAAAAGGAGAUUGUAGAGGAGAAGACAGAACCAGAGAAGAAGAAAAAGGAGAAGACGACUAAGGAGAAUGGGGCAGAAAAAGAGAAGGAAAGAAAGAAGAAACAGGAGAAGAUGAGCAGGGACAAUGAGACUGAGAAGAAACAGGAGAAGAUGAGCAGGGACAAUGAGACUGAGAAGAAACAGGAGAAGAUGUGCAGGGACAAUGAGACUGAGAAGAAACAGGAGAAGAUGAGCAGGGACAAUGAGACUGAGAAGAAACAGGAGAAGAUGUGCAGGGACAAUGAGACUGAGAAGAAACGGGGAAAAGACAAGAACAAGACUAAAGGGAAUGGCGUUAAAAGUGACCCACUACUUCCAUCCACCACAGGAACGCCUGAUCCUCCAACAGAGAAGAAGAAAAAGAAGAACAAGCUGAAACUCUCAGUGGAGUUUGCAGUGCCUGAGACUCCAGUCACCCCUGUACAGGCAUCCACAAAGACCCCUCCUAGAAAGAAAAAUAAAUCAUCUAAGAGUAAGUCAGGCCUUUAGAGAUGAAGGUCACCUACAAUGGGGCUGUGUCAAGUGUGGACCUGGACCCAGGAUUCUACCUAAAUGGUAGUUGAGCAAUAAUGGUAAAGACUGUCUGUCCACACAAUGGUCUCCUUAGGACCAAAUCAACUGGGCCCAGUUUUUCAAAAGUUAUCUGGAUUUCGCCUAUCGGAGAGGUUGAAAUGCAUAGAAAUAGAAUGAAUAGAACAGAAGCCCCCAUUCAAGUCAAUGAUUUGUCUGUCCUAUUCAUUCUAUUUCUAUGCAUUUAAUUGUAUCCGAUAGGCAAAAUCCAGAUAGAUAACGUUAGAAAAACCGGGCCCUGGGGAUUUGUUAGAUUUUUUUUACAACAUUGUAUACUGUAUUAAAAGAACACUUUUCCUGUUGGUACAUUUUAUUGAAGUUAAAACAUAAAUUUUUAUGAGUUUAUCCCCUCCAAAAUAAUUGUACAGUUUGCUGUUUUGCAUACUAUGUGAUGUGCUGCAGCUAUCUAUGUUACUGUACAUUUUAAGUAUGAUGUUUCCUUGCAUGUUUGUGUGAUAGUGACAGACAGAACGUUUUAAGGAAAUGUCAAGUUUACUAUAGCAUUAGCCCAUUCAUAGCCACUAACUACCUUUAGGGCCUAUUGAUGAUAGUAACUUCUGACCGGGGGAGUUUUGUUAAGAGCCCCGAAACUCUCUGAAUGUGAACAUGCAUUGCUUGCGGUACGAAUUUUGAAACAUAAGGAACGUACACUACCGUUUAAAAGUUUGGGGUCACUUAGAAAUGUCCUUGUUUUUGAAAGAGAAGCACAUUUUUUGUCCAUUAAAAUAAUUUCAAAUUGAUCAGAAAUACAGUGUA